AUGUCCUCCAGCUCGACUGUGCUUCCUCAGGGUGCCGGGUAUGGGGUUGUUGUCGGAAUUGGCCUGUUCUUCAGCGUGUUUAUGAUCGGGUUGACUGCGAUUCAAGCACGCUACACGCCAUUCUCUCCUCGUUCAUCGGAAGAAUUCAGCAGCGCGUCUCGCAGCGUGAAACCGGGUCUUAUUGCGGCGGGAAUCGUCUCAGCAUGGACAUGGGCAGCAACAUUACUUCAGAGUAGUGCUGUUGCGUACAAAUAUGGUAUCAGUGGGCCAUGGUGGUAUGGAGCGGGAGCAACGAUACAAGUUUUGCUUUUCGCGAUGAUAGCGGCAAAGUUAAAGCUCAAUGCACCGUUUGCGCAUACUUGGCUCGAAGUUGUCGGGGCGCGAUGGGGUAAAACAGCCCAUCUCGUCUUCAUGUUUUUUGGACUUGCCACGAACAUUAUCGUCAGCUCAAUGCUUAUCCUUGGUGGCAGCGCCACGGUAACUGAUCUAACUGGAAUGAGCACUAUUGCGGCGUGCUUUCUGAUUCCCCUCGGCGUGUCUAUCUAUGUCGUUGUGGGUGGAAUGCGAUCUACGCUUCUAUGCGACUACACGCAUACGACCGUACUUUUCGCCAUUAUCUUGGUCUUCGUGUUCAGCGUUUAUGCAACCAGUGACAAGAUAGGCAGCCCUUCCAAGAUGUAUGACCUCCUCACCGCCGCUGCCAAAACUUCUCCGGUCCCAGGGAAUGCUCAUGGAUCCUAUGUCACCAUGCGCAGCAAAAAUGGACUAAUUUUUGGAGUCAUAAAUAUCAUUGGAAAUUUCGCCACCGUCUUCCAAGACCAAGCCUACUUUCAACGCGCCAUUGCCAGUAGGCCGUCGACAACAGUCAAGGCAUAUUUGCUUGGAGGGUUGGCGUGGUUCGCUAUUCCUUUCACGUUAGCGACCACCCUGGGUCUGGCAGCAGUCGCAUUGAGAGGAGAUCCUGAAAUGCGUCCUUUGUCGGCUGCUGAUGUCUCAGCGGGUUUACCUGCUGCAGCUGCAGCCAGCGCUUUACUAGGGAAGGCUGGCGCUGCUGCAUUACUGGUGUUACUUUUCCUUGCCGUCACAUCGGCAACUUCGGCCGAACUAAUUGCAGUUUCGUCGCUACUCACCUACGAUGUGUACAAGCGCUAUAUUAAUCCGCAAGCGAACGAGGCGCAGAUUAUGCGAGUCAGCCAUCUUAUGGUUGCAUUUUAUGCUUUAGUAAUUGGACUUGCCGGCCUGAUUUUCUUUUACAUCGGCGUGUCGAUGGGUUGGCUCUACACAUUCAUGGGCGUUAUCCUCGGGUCCGGUGUCGCACCGAUCGCCCUUUGCAUCACCUGGAGUAAAGCGAACAAGACGGGGUGCAUUGUGGGGGCUGUCGCUGGUUUUGCGGCAGGAAUUAUCGCUUGGCUGGUGACGACAAGCACACUGAAUGGAGGGGUUAUCAACGUCGUCACCAGUGGAGGUGACUUCGAGAUGCUUGCGGGGAACUUGGCGUCCAUCGGUGUCGGAGGUAUUAUUGCAACCGCAAGUUCUUAUGUCUGGCCAGAAAACUACGAUUUCGAAUCGACUCGGGCUAUCAAUGCGCCAGGUCCGAUUUCCAAACCGGAAGAGAAGGAAGCUAACGCCGCAGAUCGACCGAGUAUCGAGAAGGAAAAGACUCCUUCCGUAGCUGACUCGUUCAACGCUGCUGAGAUCGCGGACGAGCUAGACCCUGUCGCCCUCAAUAAAGCUUUCCGUUUUGCUGCAUGGUCAUCGCUGGCUUUGCUGCUCGUUCUCAUCAUCCUAAUUCCGCUGCCACUCUUUUUCGCGUCGACGAUUUAUGGCAAGGGUGGGUAUACAGCCUGGGUGGUGAUCGGAAUUAUAUGGACCUUCUUGUCGGCGUUUAGCGUGGUGUUGUAUCCGUUGUGGGAGAGCCGCGAUGCCCUGAAGCUGAUCUCUCGAGGAGUGGUCAAGGAUAUCUUUGCGCGUGGCAGUGGAAAGUACGUUGAACCUAACAAGGACGCAGCUUGA